CUCCGGCUCCGGCUGACCUCAGACCAGUUUCCCUAGAAAAGCAUGCUCCCCACUCUCCGGCUGAGCUCAGACCAGCUACAUCACGCGUGUCUGGAAGCAAUUCUCUGGCUCUAGCUGAACUCAGACCAGCUCAACAGACGGCUCCGUUUCUCCAGCUGUGGGGCUCCAGUCCCGCAGGCUGGGUCGGCCAUGUUGUUGUGUGGGGGUUGAUGGAAGUUAAGUAUUAGGAAGUAGAAGCUCCAUCUCUCCGGGAUACUCCAGGAUUUUGAUUUUUUUUACUUUUCGUCCUUUUGUUUCCUGUCAGUGUUAUGACGGAUUCAUCCUCCCGGACUUCCUGUCCUCUCUGACAGCUAUGAGCGUCCCUCCAUCUCCAAGCUUUCCAGACCGCAAUACUUGAAUCUACUUUGAUUUGAACUAAGAAAAAAAAAACCCACACAGCUGCUCCUCUGGAUGGAUGAAGUGAGGAUGAAGGAGGCGGCUCGGUUCCGGUCGGAAUAAAUCGGAUUUACUUUGUCCCGAUCUGUUUCAAGGAGGAAUAAAAGGGGGAGACACCCAGAAACGACGCGGAUUUAAGAAGGCAGAGCGAGACGAUGGGCUGUGUUAAGAGCAAAGAGGACAAAGGUCCUACCAUGAAGUACCAGACGGACAAUUCCCUGGGCUCAGAUGCCAGUGCUGCCACCUCUAUGCCUCAUGCCGGGCACUAUGGGCCGGAUCCGACACAGCCACUGCAGAACCAGGCUUCAGCUGCUUCUGGAGCUGUGAAUUUCAACCACAGCCUCGCACCGUUUGGAGGCUCCUCCGCUGCUAUAACUCCUUUUGGAGGAACAUCCACUUCCUUCUCGGGUCCAGUGUCCAACUCCUUCUCUGGUGCUGUUUCAAGUGGUGUCACCUUUUUUGUUGCCUUGUACGACUACGAAGCCAGAACAUCAGACGAUCUUACGUUUAAAAAAGGAGAUCGCUUUCAGAUCAUCAACAACACAGAAGGAGACUGGUGGGAGGCUCGCUCCAUCAACACAGGGAAGAAAGGCUACAUCCCCAGCAAUUAUGUGGCCCCUGCUGACUCCAUUCAGGCUGAAGAGUGGUACUUUGGCAAAAUGGGACGUAAAGAUGCUGAAAGGUUACUGCUCAUUCCUGGGAAUAAUCAAGGCACUUUCCUUGUGCGAGAAAGUGAAACAACUAAAGGUGCUUAUUCUCUCUCCAUACGAGACUGGGACGACGCCAAAGGAGACAAUGUGAAACACUACAAGAUUCGCAAGCUGGAUAGCGGGGGCUACUACAUCACCACGCGAGCUCAGUUUGACACGCUGCAGAAGCUCGUCAAACACUAUACAGAACAUGCUGACGGACUCUGUCACAAACUAACCACGGUUUGCCCCACCGUCAAGCCUCAGACUCAGGGACUCGCUAAAGACGCCUGGGAGAUUCCAAGGGAUUCUUUGCAGCUGGAGGUCAAACUAGGCCAGGGCUGCUUUGGAGAGGUCUGGAUGGGCACGUGGAACGGCACCACCAAGGUGGCCAUAAAGACGCUGAAGCCGGGCACCAUGUCGCCCGAGGCCUUCCUCCAGGAGGCUCAGAUCAUGAAGAAGCUCAGGCACGACAAACUCGUGCCUCUUUACGCAGUCGUGUCCGAGGAACCCAUCUAUAUAGUCACAGAGUACAUGUCUAAAGGAAGUUUGCUUGACUUCAUUAAAGAAGGUGAUGGUAAAUUCUUGACACUUGUCACGCUGGUGGAUAUGGCAGCAAAGAUUGCAGAUGGGAUGGCGUUCAUUGAGAGGAUGAAUUACAUUCACAGAGAUCUGCGUGCAGCAAAUAUACUGGUGGGAGAGAACCUGGCGUGUAAAAUCGCCGACUUCGGUCUGGCCAGGUUGAUAGAAGACAACGAGUACACAGCGAGGCAAGGAGCCAAAUUCCCCAUCAAAUGGACUGCGCCAGAGGCGGCGCUGUACGGACGCUUCACCAUCAAGUCUGAUGUCUGGUCCUUCGGGAUCCUCCUCACCGAGCUUGUAACCAAAGGCAGAGUGCCCUACCCAGGUAUGGUGAACCGGGAGGUUCUGGAGCAGGUGGAGCGAGGCUACCGAAUGCCCUGCCCUCAGGGCUGCCCCGAGUCUCUGCAUGACAUGAUGGGGCUCUGCUGGAAGAAGGAGCCAGACGAGAGGCCCACCUUCGAGUACCUGCAGUCCUUCCUGGAGGAUUAUUUCACCGCCACAGAGCCUCAGUACCAACCUGGAGAAAACCUAUAGCCUGAGGGUUUAAAGUGCACACGAGUCUGUAGAAGUCUGUGUCAGUCUCACUUCACACAUUUGUUUGGGUUUAUUUUCCAGUUCAGUUAUAAGUUUCACGUAUUUGUCUAUUUUUGUUUUAUCUGCUGGUACUACAAACAGUUGCUGUGGACUUUUAUAGCUUCAUAUGUGCAUUUGGAAAAGACAGCUUAAACCGUUGUGGUUUCGGCCACACCUGGUCCUGUUUUAAAUACAUUUCAUGUGGGACAUAUUUCAUAAUAUCAUGCUGUGUUUCUUUACAAUAAGCUGUGAUUUAGCCUUCAAGAAAAGCCUAAAUUGGCCUUUUAUGUGAUUUAUUGUGUAAAUCUUAUGCUCAUUUUCCAAUAAUAAGGAAAUGUCAGUAAUUAAAUCAUUAUUCAAAAUAUUUUGAUAAACAAAGGUGGCUUUUACUUUUAACUACAAACGAUUGGAAAGUGUAAAUCAAAUCCUGCAACAUUUAAAGUGAUUUUUUAGCCAUUUUGAAGCGUUUCUCUGUGUAAAUGUUUCAAUGAUUAUAAUUUUACCUUUAGAGCUUUCUAAGGAAUUUUAAAAAAUAUAAUUAGUUGGUUCUAGAUGGAAAAAUAUAGAGAAAUGUUCUUUUGAUGCAACAUUUUUUAUUGUAGGUGAUAUUUAAAAACAAGAUUCCAUGCUACUUUGAAAUUAAGAGCAAUUGCAUGAAAUUCUGAAAACAGGUUUUUUUUUGGUCAUGGCUGUAUUCAGACUAGCCAUUAGCUCAUCAGUCCGGUGCGAUGUAAAAGCUAUUUCUCCAAACAGAGGUUGUUCAGGAAACUACCUAGUAGUUAUUCAUGAUUAUACACAAUGACACAUCAAGAUGACUGAAUAAUACCUUUAAUGCAUUUCAUAUGUGCAACUUGUGCGACUGUGACAUUGUCUUAUCUGUGUUUAUUUCAACAUAUUUGUUUGUAACACAUGGACAUUGUCAUUUCUUUUGUGUCUCCCACUUUUAUCCUUACAGUCACUCUAUAGUGUUACUACUUUGUUUCAUUAUUUUAUCAGUAAUUAAACAAAUGGAUUUAUGACCAUUCGUCAGAACAUCGUGGCAUGCAGAGCUGCUUCCAGACAAGCACGAAGACGAAUUUAUGGACAACUAUUUUUCAAGUUAGGAAAAACUUGAUUUUUUUUAUCAGCAUCUUUGCUGCAGAACACUAUGACUCAUCUGUUCAUGUAAUGAAAUGGACUCUACAAAUUCUAGGAUGGCCAUUCUAAAAACUUUUUGUUUAUAUUUUGCUCCUUAAUGAUGUAAUCGGGACUUUUUACCAUGAGAACUGAACAUAGAGCCUGAAAAAUGGCUUUGUACAUUAUAAAAUCAUCAUUUUUUAUAUAUGAUUGUUGAUAUAAUUGAAAAUAAAACAUGUAAAAUGCAUUAAGGGGGAAAUUGUGGGAAUUAUGUGGAAUUUGUACAAUAAAAACGUGAUUUUACCAUG